UGCAUUCAGCCUGCAAUUACGCAUUUGUGAUCGACAAGGAUUUUUAACUAGACCAUUUCCUGUAACGAAAAAUACAAUGUGAUAAGAAUAAGAAGUUCUGAAUACGUAAAUAUAAUGUAGAGGUUAUGUUGUUAUUGUGUUAGCUGUCAAAGUGUACACGAGCCAUGGGUUCAAUACGAAGCAGUUUGCACCGGCGUAAUUUUAUAAAUAAUCAAAUGGAUGAUAUGCCCAUGGAUACAAUAGGCCUGGUUUCACCAAUCAAUGCAUUCUUACACGGCAAUUUCAGUAAUGACGAUAGUGAUUACCCCGAAAAACCAUUGCGAUCGAAUACGAAGCUAAUAAUAUUCAGUCUGGUGAUGUUAGCAUUUGUGUCUGCGCUGAGCGGCUACCUGAUCGGCCAAGCGGACUAUAACCCAUCAAAAUUCACUGAGCCCGAGGACCCUGAACAGCCGUUAGCCCCGUCAGCAUCAUGGCUUCACGUCUUCCAGAAGGCAGCUGUUUGCACAGACGCACCACAUUGCUCGGGAAUCGGCAGGGCCAUUCUCUCAAUAAACGGCUCAGCAGUGGACGCGGCCAUUGCGGCUAUGUUCUGCAAUGGUUUACUCAACCAGCAGAGCAUGGGGAUCGGCGGAGGAUUCUUCAUGACGGUUUAUAUAAAGGAAGAAGAGAAGGCAUACUCCGUGAUCGCGAGGGAGAAAGCCCCGGCUGCGGCAAAAAGAGACAUGUUCGGCGGAAGCUCAUAUGAAGCCUCCAAAGGUAGCCUUUCUAUUGGGGUGCCGGGUGAGGUGCGUGGCAUGUGGGAAGCCCACAAACGUUGGGGGAGACUGCCGUGGGAGAAGCUGAUCAAACCAACUCUAGAGUUCUGCAAAUACGGCUUUACCAUCUCCAAGGCUAUGUACGACGGAAUAUUGAGCGCGAAGUACAUCAAGAAUGAUCCCACUUUAAGGAGAAUGUACUGGGAUCCGUCAAAGAACGCGUACUACCGUCCGGGAACCCUCGUCACACCCAGCCCAGCGCUCUGUAGAACUCUAACCAGGAUCGCAAAAAAGGGUGGUGACGAAAUGUACAACGGAUCCCUGGCUGCCGACCUCGCCGAUGACCUCAAUAAGACCGGAAGCAUCAUAACCGCUGAGGACCUUAAGCUAUAUCAGCCAAAGAUAACCGAACCGUUGGUUGUGCCGCUCGGUAAUGGCGACAUACUAUACACCCCUCCACCACCGAGCAGUGGCGCCAUCUUGGCUAACAUUCUGAACAUACUGAGCGGAUACAACUUCACGCCCGAGAACAUACAGGGAACGGAAAACAAGAUACUCACGUAUCACAGGAUCAUCGAGGCUUUUAAGUUCGCGUACGCCGCUAGAACCAGGCUGGGGGACAUGGAUUUUUUGGAUUUAGAAGGGUUCAUCAGUAACCUAACAUCACCGGAGUACGGGGUGGAAUUGAUGAAGAGGAUCGAUGACCUGAAGACCAGUAACGACAGCAGUCACUACGGAGCGACAACAUACACCAAACCAGAUCACGGGACAGCACACAUCUCUGUUAUAUCUGAAGAUGGAGACGCCGUGUCCGUCACAAGCUCCAUCAAUUUCUACUUCGGUUCAGGUGUCACGGCAACCAACACCGGCAUUUUGCUGAACAAUGUUAUGGACGAUUUCUCGUCACCCGGCUUCACCAACUACUUCAACCUUGAACCCUCGCCAGCCAACUUUAUUGAACCUCACAAACGCCCCAUGUCCACCAUGUGUCCUAGCAUCAUCAUCGAUAGAAAUGGAAAUGCCAAAAUGGUGAUCGGUGCCGCCGGUGGCACAAAGAUAGCUUCAGCUGUGGCUUUGGUAACGAUGCGGAAACUUUGGUUCGGACAAACAAUAAAAGAAUCCGUGGACGAAGCACGAAUUCAUCAUCAAAUAUUUCCAAUGCAUGUUGAAUACGAAUACGGAAUCAUUCAGGACAUCAUCAAGGGGUUGCGUGCUAAAGGGCACGGUAUGGUGCGUUACCGCGGCCGAGGAUCUGUGGUGUGCGCCCUCUAUCGCAACAAGACCGGCAUCUACGCCAACGCGGACUUUAGGAAGGGCGGCGAUGUCUCUGGCAUCGAUUAAUAACUGUAAUUUCUACUAGGUGGCUGUUUAUUGUGGCUGUUAGCUGCUUACAUCCCGCUUACCCCAUCUUGUCAGUGUUAAAUGUCAUUAAUUGACAAUCUGAUAAAUAAUGACAUUUCUGUCGAUCUAUUUUUUUUUAUCGCCCAUGAAAGGCCGCAGGUUUUUCUAUAAGGCUGAGAUAUUAUGAAUCCAAAUAAUUUCAUUUCUACGCAUUACAACUUAAUAAGGUAUAAUUAACUAUUUUUGACGAUAAUCGCAAUUCCAUAUAUGUAGCAGAACUAUUGUUCGCAUUGUAAACAAGGAUUUUUUUUAACAUCUCGGUUGAAGAAAGGCCUAAGUCUCAAAACUUCUAUUUAUAUAUGAUAGUUUCUAGGUGCCAAAUUAAAAUUUCACUGGCACCCAGCAAAUAUCAUAAUAAAGAUAUAUAUAUAUACAACUAAUGCAUUUAAUAAAUGUUUGUAAAAAAAACGUUCUGAAAUUAUAUAAAUAUAGGCUUAACAUCAACUACAAAGUGGAUCUGAUGUCGGCAAAUAUUUUAAUUCCCAUCUAUAAUGUACAAAAUGUACGAUAAAUUCCUCGUAAAUGUAUUUUAUUAACCAAAUUCCGCUAUAACUUCUUAUAUAUGUAUGUAAAACCUGGCAAAUGAUAACUACGCCAGAAUUAAUAUAAUAAAAAUAAGAAAGUGUUGUGAAGUAGUUUUAAAAGGUAAAUUCAAUCUUUUAACUAAAUGUAAGUAAAACUAACUGUAUUCAUACAAAGUAUGGCUAUAGGAAUACUGAGAUGACUUCACUUUAACAAUGUAGACAGUGAAUUUAAAAAUAUAUAUAUUGCCAUGAAUAUAUCUAAAACAGUAUUAAAAUAAAUAAAUAGUUGUAAAACACGUUUCUUUUUAUUGUUUGUGUAAAUAGCCUUUAAUUAAUUUAUAAUUUGAUUAAACGUUAAAUAUUAUAUUCGUAUCAAUUCCAUCGAUGUGAUUAAUAAAUAUUUUAAAUGUUA